AUGAGGGUUGUGUUUAUUCCGAAGGCCGGUCGGUCAGGGUAUACUGCGGCGAAGGACUUCAGGCCAAUUAGCCUAACCUCUUUUAUAUUAAAGACGUUAAAGAAACUGGUGGAUAAUUUUAUUAGACAGGAAUGUCUUAGAGAUUUUCCCUUGCAUCAGGGACAGCAUGCAUAUAGAGCAGGCUUCUCAGUAGAAACAGCCCUCCAUUCGGCAGUAGGCAGAAUAGAGGGACAAAUUAGCAGCGGGGGUUAUGCGGUUGGCACCUUUCUUGAUAUCGAAGGUGCCUUCCCUAACACUUCUAGUAAAGCCAUUUGUAGGGCAGCCAGGAUGCGAGGUGUGCCCGAGCCGCUAGUUAAGUGGAUCGACAGCAUCCUUCGAGAAAGGGCCCUGGAAGCGGAAUAUGGUGAGGCUAAGGUAACAGGCCUGGUCUCAAAAGGGUGCCCACAGGGUGGAGUCCUUUCUCCUUCAUUGUGGUGCUUGGUGGCAGAUGAGUUAAUUAGGAACCUCAAUAGCCAGGGUUAUUAUACGCAAAGUUAUCCGGAUGAUUUCCUUAUAAUUAUAAGAGGGCACUCAAUCGAGACCCUCUUAGAACUUCCGGAACGUGCACUUAAGAUUGUCAGGGAUUGGUGCAAUCUGACUGGACUUUCUGUAAACCCGGAGAAAACGAACAUAGUAGUUUUCACAAGAAAAUAUAAGGUAUCGAGUUUGAAAAAACCGAUAUUUUAUGGAAAAGAGAUUUCCUUUUCUGAAUCGGCUAAGUAUCUGGGAGUAAUACUGGAUAAAAAACUGGUUUGGAGGGAACAUUUCGAAUAUCAGUAUGGCAGGUUUUGUACCGCGUUUUGGGCGUGUAGAAGGGCGAUAGGGUCAUCGUGGGGACUAAGGCCUAAUAUGGUCAACUGGCUCUAUCAGAUGAUCUUAAAACCAAGGUUUCUUCACGCGGUGGUUGUCUGGUGGUAUAGGACUCAACUGAUAACGGUUAAAGAGAAACUGGGCCAACUGCAGGCAAUGAUUUUCAGGGGUAUUACGGGGGCAAUGGGGACCACGCCAACAGCUGCGUUGGGAUUCAUGCUUGCCGAGGUACCUCUGCAUAUUGCCGCGGUGAAAAAGGCGGCUCUUACUAUGAGCAGGUUAACUGCGCAGGGAAGGUGGAGGGUUGGUGGGUUACACACCAAGCUUCCACGCUCAAUUCUAUCAAUACCAGAAUUAAGUAUGGUGCAAGAUAGAAUGAUCAAGAGGGUGAAAUUUAAACCCCGCUUUAAGAUCAUUACACCUUCCAGAAUAGACUGGAAGAAAGGUUUUCCACUUGGGGACGAAGUCUGGUAUACAGAUGGCUCCAAGAUGGACUGCGGUGCAGGCUUCGGAAUUUAUCGGAAAACUGGCCGCAUUAAAGUGGCUGAGUCAUUAGGACAAUAUGCCACGGUCUGGCAGGCAGAGGUCUGGCAAGAGGAUUGUAUUUGUGUGGAUAGUCAAGCGGCCUUAGGGGCUCUGAAAAAUCCCACAAUAGAAUCAAAACUCGUCUGGGAAUGCCGCAGCGUACUAGAUGAGUUGGGUUCAGUAAAUAGACUUUCAUUGAUUUGGGUACCGGGUCACUCGGGAAUCAAGGGUAAUGAAAGAGUAGACGUCUUGGCGAAAACCGGUUCCGAGACGAAAUUUAUAGGUCCUGAACCAGCAGUGGCAAUAAUGCCAUGCUUGGUUAAGGGAGCCAUAGAAAGAUGGGGUGAAAAGGAACAUGAGAAGUAUUGGGCGAGCGUUGUGGUGGGAAGGCAAGCGAAAACUCUGUUGGGGUUAGCACUCAACAGGAGGCGAGCGAGCGAUCUCCUAAAACUCGAUAAGAUCAGAGUUAGAACCGUAGUUCGCCUACUUACGGGUCAUGGACUAUUGAACUACCAUCAGCAUAAAAUAGGCAGACAAGUUUCACCUAUGUGCAGACUGUGUGGGGAAAGUAACGAAACUUCGACUCACAUAUUAUCUGAAUGCCCAGCGUUAGCUAGGAUCAGGCUAUCUAGCUGGGGUCAAGCAAUUAUUGACCCUAAGCAGGUGAGCAACCUAUCGAUAGAAGAGAUACUGGACUUCUGGAGAAGAACAGGACUCUAA